AUGGAGAGGGAUCUUUGCCCUCGUGAGAAAGUGAGCAAAGCUCGUAGGCUUUUCAAGAUAAUCUUCAAGGAGCUCUUGGUUGAUGUUGAAGCUAAACGCACAACACGUAUUGAUCACGACGUUAGGAUGAUGCUCAAGGAGCAGAACAUGUGUGUUAACACAGAUUAUAGGGUAGGAGAAGUUCCUGGUAUCCUAGUUGGUGACGAGUUCGAGUACAAAACUGAGAUGAGCGUGGUUGGUCUACAUUUUGGGAUUAUGAGUGGAAUUGAUUGUCAGGAAAUGCGUACAGGAUUGAUCUUCGCUACAAGUAUUGUAGCAUCAGAAGGAAGCCAGUACCGUAACGUUUUCAAGGGUGACCAGCUUCUGUACUCUGGGGUAGGAAAAGGUUUGUUGAAAGGUAACAUGGCUCUGGUGAAUAACAUGAAACACAAAGCUCCAGUUCGAGUUAUUCGUGGCACUAUUCAUCAUGGAAACAAACAGAUGUUUGUGUACCUGGGUUUGUACCUGGUUAAAAGUUACGAGAGAGGAGCAGAAGGAUGCUUCCAGUUUCUGCUAGAAACGGCUUGA